CUGAGGCUGUUUUCAUGCCAAGGCUGCGUUUUCAAACAUUCAAACAAGGUGGGACAGACAAUGAUUAGAACUCCUCUCUGGCCAAUGACUCAGUGACUCCACCUUCUAGAUAUCUGCUCUUAUAUGAGCAAUCCAGAGGACACUAUCACUGUCCACCUCUGACUCCAGACAGACAGAGAAGACCUCUGCACACUUUGACUCACACAGACUACAGACAUGCCUUCAGUGGGACUGGAGAUCCUCGGAGUGACUCUGGCUGUGUUGGGAUGGAUCUCAGCCGUUGCGUCCUGCGCCUUGCCCAAUUGGAAAGUGUCCGCUUUUAUUGGGUCCAACAUCAUCACAGCGCAGGACACCUGGGAGGGGAUCUGGAUGUCCUGCAUGGUGCAGAGCACAGGUCACAUGCAGUGUAAAAUGUACGACUCCCUGUUGGCUUUGAGCCCAGAUCUCCAGGCUGCACGCGCCCUCACUGUCAUCUCCAUCGUUUUGGGUAUCAUGGGGGUCCUGGUGGCCAUGAUGGGCUCAAAAUGCACCAACUGUGUGGACGAAGAGGCAGCAAAGGCUCGGGUGAUGAUAUCCGCUGGGGUGGCCUUCAUCCUGGCUGGUCUGACGCAGCUCAUCCCCGUGUCGUGGUGCGCCCAUGUUAUCAUCGUGGACUUCUACAGCUCGCUUUAUCUGAGAGAAAUUUCACAGUCUCAGACUUUGAAAACCCUGGCACGUGUCAGAAUGUCUAUCGGGCUGGAGUUGAUAGGCAUCUCCCUGUGCAUUCUGGGAUGGAUUAUUGCAAUCGUGGCGUGCGCUCUCCCCAUGUGGAGGGUGACGGCGUUCAUCGGCAGCAACAUCGUGACGGCUCAGAUCAUCUGGGAGGGCCUGUGGAUGACCUGUGUGGUGCAGAGCACGGGCCAGAUGCAGUGUAAGGUCUACGACUCCAUGCUGGCUCUGUCCCAGGACCUGCAGGCCGCCCGUGCCCUCACCGUCAUCUCCAUCCUGUUGGCCAUCCUCGCCGUGCUCAUCGCCAUCGCCGGCGCCAAGUGCACCAACUGCAUCGACGACGAGGCGUCCAAGGCCAAGGUGAUGAUCAUCUCCGGGGUUUUCUUCAUCGUUUCCGGGGUGAUGCAGCUCAUUCCCGUCUCGUGGUCGGCCAACACUAUAAUCAGGGACUUCUACAACCCGUUAUUAACAGACGCUCAGCGGAGGGAGCUGGGCGCCGCGCUCUACAUCGGCUGGGCGGCUGCUGCUCUCUUGAUUCUCGGUGGUGGACUGCUCUGCUGCUCCUGUCCGCCACGUGAGACCAGAUACAACCCGUCACGGAUGGCUUACUCUGCCCCGCGGUCCGCAGGUGGCCCCGGGUUAGAACGGAAAGACUACGUAUGAGUGAGGGGGAAAAAGAGGAAAAGACAUUUUGAAUCUCAAACCUGCUCUCCACAACAAACUGGAGGGUGAACAAGUGCUCAAGGAAACAAGGAGACUCCGUGAUGAAGGAUGUGUUUGAUUUUGCCUUUAUUUUUAAGUAUGUUUUACUUAGGCUCUUUGUUUUUCAGAGACUGAAAACUCAUGCAAAGGACAAUAAUGGAGAGAAAAUCUCAUUUAAUCAUGUUUCAAAACAAGGAAAAUUUGUGCUCUGUCUUUUUUUAAGGUUAACGCGCUAAAUGUUAGCAUCACAAGUCUCAGUAUAUACUCAUGUCCUUUUUUAUACAGACUUCUUAGUGUUUACCACUGAAUUUUUUUUUUUUU